CGACUUUCCAAAUCCAGAAAAGGAAAAAAAAUAUAUUUAAACAUAGAUAAAAAUUUCAACACCGAUAAGUUUUCGUCGUAACUCUAACCCAUUCGAAUUGAUUUAGGCGUUAGGGUUUCUUCAUAUUUCUCUCUCGGAAGAAGAAGAUGGUUUGCGAUAAGUGUGAGAAGAAGUUAUCGAAAGUGAUAGUUCCUGAUAAGUGGAAGGAUGGUGCUCGUAAUGUAACUGAAGGUGGUGGUCGUAAAAUCAAUGAGAAUAAGCUUCUCUCCAAGAAGAAUAGAUGGUCACCUUACAGUACCUGUACCACAAAAUGUAUGAUCUGCAAGCAGCAAGUGCAUCAAGAUGGUAAAUACUGUCACACAUGUGCCUAUAGCAAAGGAGUGUGCGCAAUGUGCGGGAAGCAAGUGUUGGACACCAAGAUGUACAAGCAAAGCAAUGUAUAAACAAAUCCGCAAGCGUUUCACAUUUUAGUUUUUGUCCCUUUGAUGUCAACGUUGUAUCCUCUCACUCAUGUAUUUUUUUGUAUCGGUUUCCUCCGGUUUUAAUAUAACCAAACAGAAUCUUGUUGCUUCACUGUGUUUCUUGACUGAUCAUAAAGUUAAUGUUUCGUUUUAGAACUCGAAUUCAAGUAUCAAAGAUAGAUUUGAACAUUCCACGGAGCAAAUUGGUUUUAAACAAAACUGAGUCAAAAC